AUGCCGAUCUCGCCUACACAAGACUCGAUACUGGAGCUACCGUCUCGGCCAACGCUCGAGUCGCGCUUGGCGUGCCGCCGGUGGGUCCAGGAAGACCGAACGGUCAUUGCAUGGCGCUCGAUUGUUUGCGAUGCGCACAAGCCACACAACGCCUCCCACUUGAUCGAGAAUGCGUGGGGCUGGGCGGUAGCGUAUCCCCGAGGACCGGACGCAAGCUACUUUGCUGUGUUUUUGAGCAUGACGGCGCCGCUCUCGUCGUCCGCGCGCCGCGACGACGAUGACGUCGGCCUUCUCACCGAGCUUCUCUUGAAGAUCACGCAAGACAAUCGCGAUCAAGUCACGGCCUUUGUCCAUCAAGCGGCGCAACGCGUGGUGACGUCGUGACGUCAUCCGGUCACGAUGGCCCGUAUGUAAUAGCGUUGUGUGUUGUCGCUGA